GGUUAUUUGUAAUUUAUCGUUGUUUUCAGUGUUAAUGUCGUAAUUUUUACAAUAACUUUACAAGACGAAAAUAAUUAAGAAUGUCUGAUUUUUCUGAGCUUCUGCAAGAAGCAGAAAAACUCACAUCAGACUUAGAAGGAACCGCAGAGCUGCCUAAAGUAGACAGGUCAUUAAGACAAGUUUUAGAGGCUUCCAAUGAUUUGUAUACUCGAGUAGCCCAAACUGGGGCUAAAGACAUACAAGCCAACCUUCUUUUGGGUUCAAAAGGUAUAGAUUUGCCUAAAAUUGUACAAAAACUUGAGUCAAUAAGUACCAAGAGAACUUUUGAGCCAAUUGAACCUAUAGAAGAUUUGGAUAUUCCUGGUACACUUGAAAAUGAAAUACGUAACAGGAUUUUGUCUGCUUUUGAUACAGGAUUUAAUGAUAUGUUAAACUGUGCCUAUAACUAUGCUUGGGAGCAUCAAUCAGGUGAAUGGAAGCAAGAAAAACGUAAAAUUUUGUAUGCAAUGGGUGGACAUUCAGGAGGUUUAAUAGAAAAUGUGAAACCUUUAAGUAUUAUGCAUGAAAGAUCGUUCUCAACUGCUCCGAACUUGGGACCAAUUGAAACAAUAUAUUUUGCCAAAGUUAAGGAGUAUAAUACGUCGGUUAAAAGGGAUCUGCAAAAACCCAAUUUGGUGGAUAUUUUCUUGAAGGUUGCCAAUGAGUUUAAAGAUGCUAAAGUCAAAGAUAUGUGGGAAAUAAUAAGGUACAUGACCCAAACACCGUCAUUCCCUCAAUCUGAGGAUGCCAUUAAAACACGUUACUCAAAACUGUACGUCAACGCUCUAGUAAAACAAGGCAAAAAAUACCUCGAAGAUCGUUACAAAACAUACAUGUCCAACAUCAUAAACGAAAAUCUCUCGCAAGCUGCUAGAGGCGGUGUUCCUGGUACCUACCCGUUGGUAAGAAGUUUUGUAGGGUUGAGACUUCAAGGGGAGUACAUUGGUUUAAAGGAUGGCAGAAUCGACGAUAGACCAUUGUGGCCCAUGGUUUAUUAUUGUUUGAGAUCAGGAGACAUAACAGCGGCUAUUUAUUGCUUGAAAAGAAGCAAUACAAGCGAAUUUGAUGACUUGAUCACGUUGUUGGAAGCAAAAUUGUCGAAUUCGAGCGCUGAUUUAUCGAAGUUGGAGGAUAAUUUAAGAUUUCACUAUAGAAGGUUCAUCAGAAAUGAGACUGAUCCGUUCAAAAGGAUAAUUUGGGCGGUUUUGAGCUGCUGCGAUGUUACAGAUGAACAUUCGGAAGUCGCUAGAACAGCCGAUGAUUAUUUGUGGUUGAAAUUAAGUUUGGUUCGAGUUGAUUAUGAUAAGGAUGAUUUUAUCAAAUAUGCAGAUCUACAGUACACAAUUCUGGAAGAAUAUGGCGAAUCUCACUACGACGCUUUCAAUCAGCCUCACUUGUACUUCCAAGUUUUGGCUUUGACCGGCCAAUUCGAGGCCGCAAUCGAGUUUUUGUCGAGGAUCGAUAAAUACAGGGUGCACAGUGUGCACAUGGCUAUUGCCCUAAACGAGUUGUACAGUCUCGGCGGACCACAAGAUACCGGAGCACCUCUGAUCUCUAUAGAUCCUUGCGAUGACCGUCCAGCGCGUCGUCUUAACCUAGCUCGCCUCAUAAUGCUCUACGUUCGUAAAUUCGAGCUAAGCUGUCUCGACGAAGCCCUCCACUACUUCUUUUUGCUUCGCAACUUUAACAACUUCGAAGGCGUCAACUUAUUUAAAUUGUGCGUCAGCGAUCUCUGCCUCGAAACGAAACAGUACGACGCCAUUUUGGGUACAGUCCAAAACAGCGGGAUCAGGGUUAAAGGUUUGGCUGACCAGUUCACAACGCCGUCCAUAAGCACUGAAAGCAUUGCCGAGAUUAUCGGGAAUAAUUUGCUGAAGAAGGGGCUGUACGAGGAAGCCAUUGACAUUUUUGAUAUUGCAAAUAAACAGGAAGAGGUUCUUAAUCUUCUCUGCGCGAUGUUGUCGCAAGUUGUUCACUUACAAGGCGAAGAUGGAAGUUUAAGAAACCGCCUGCAACAGAAAACGAGAGUUUUCAGAGAGCGAUUCUUACGGGAAGGUUAUAAAGCUGGAUCCACAAAAUUGGUUACGUCCUUCUUGAAACUCAGCGAGUUGUUGAUGUUUUUCGAUCAGUAUCAUGGAAAAUUAUUCCCGCAAGCUAUCAAGACUUUAAAUGAGCUCCAAAUAGUCCCACUACAAGAAGCCGAUGUUGAUGAACGAAUUAAAAGCUUUAAAAACCUAAACGAUGAUUUGUGUAAAGUUAUUCCUGAUAUUCUACUGGCCACAAUGAAUAUGCUGUUUGCGCAGUACCAAAAACUUAAAGGAAGCGAAUAUAUUCCUAGAUAUAAUGAUUCUGGAAUAGAUAAACAAUUGUCCAAUCUCAGAAAUCAAGCAAAAACUCUCACCAGUUUUGCUGGUAUGUUGCCCUAUAGAAUGCCAGGUGAUACAAACAGCCGUUUGGUUCAAAUGGAAAUUUUAAUGCAUUAAUUAUUUUGUACAUUUUUUUAUUCAAUAAAGUUUAA